CCGCUUUUUUCAGGGCAAGCGGGAAUUCGCUGUAGGGCCGCGUCGGUUGCACCAGCGCUCGUCGAGAAGCGGUUGACGUCGCCGACGCGGCGUUUCCUGCAUAGCUACGGCAUCGCGCAGCCAUAAAAGGCUCACGCAACCACCGACAGCCAAAGUCCACCAAAAAAGCGGGCGCGAAUCACCGCCGCGGCGAAUCACACCAAAACACCAUGGCGCCCGAGCGCCCCCGCAUGACAAGGUCCGCCUCCAUGCUCGCCAACGUCCGCUGCGUGCUGUGCGGCGAUCUCGGCGGCACCAACAGCCGCUUGGAGCUCUUCCGCCUCCAGCACACCGCCUCCAAGAAAGACCUCGAGGCGAUAGGCACGGAGCCGCCCCUGUAUGCGCAAACAUAUAAAACGAACAACCUGCCCGGAGACUUUACCGAGCUCUUACACGCGUUUCUCGCGGAGGCCAACGUUGGUUUAGUAGAACUCGCCGCGGGAUGUCUGGCGGUAGCCGGACCGGUAGAAGAGGGAGAUAGGGUCACGUUCACGAAUCUCGGGUGGAGGAUAGAAGCUAGACUCCUCGAGGCCGAAUUCCGCAUGCAACCGGGCACGAUGCGUUUAGUCAAUGAUUUUGUUGCUAAUGGAUUCGGCGUCGUGACGCUGCGCGACGGCGACUAUUCGACGUUGAAUGGGCCGUCGCAACCGUCACCUGGUGCGCCGAUCGCUUGCGUCGGGGCGGGUACUGGUUUAGGUGAAGCUUACGCGACGGCUUCGUCAGGCGUGUAUGAGGCGUGGCCCUCGGAAGGCGGUCACGUCGCGUUCGCUCCCAGGGAUGCCAUCCAGACGGAACUGUUGACCGCACUACAACGCAGAUUCGGUGGGCGCGUCUCGGCGGAACGGGUCAUUUCCGGAAAGGGCAUCGUCAACGUGUACGAUUUUUUUGCCGAGAAGUUUCCGGGAAAAGUCGAUAAAGAUCUGCAGAAGAGAAUAAAAGCACACCCGGAGGGUGCUGGAGUUAUAGCAAGGGCCGCGUACGACGACCAUCUCUGUGGCGAGGCUUUGAAUCUGGUCCUCGAUGCCUACGGCGCGGAACUUGGCAACGCUGCGGUGAAGUGGCUGCCGUUCGGCGGGCUUUAUGUUUGUGGGGGCAUCGCCGUGAAGAAUCGGGAGAGGCUCAAAGAAAGGGUGUUCCUGGAAGCUUACAAAGAUCGGGGGCGGUUGCGUCCCGUGUUGGACCGCGUGCCGUUGCGCCUGGUGCUCGUCGACGAUCUGGGCUUGCGGGGCGCGCACUACGUGGCGUUGGCUACUCUACUGGGCGGUGGUGUGGUGCACGCGCCGACGGAGGAGCCCCCGGCGGCGCCAGCGGUCCCGCCUUCCGACGGCGUCGCGCCGGCGCUGGACCGGCUGGCCGCGGCGAUCUCGCGCGCGGCGGCCGUCGUGUCGAUAGGGUUGCUGGCGGCGGCGCUGUUGACGCGGCGGCGCUAGCUUAUAACUUGUGUUCACAAUCU